UUUGUCACAAUUUUUAAAAAUAAAAAACAUAACGACUAACAAUAUCAUGUCGGCCAUGUUGUGCCUCAAGAUGUGACUUGUAUGGGUAUCCAUUGAGCAGUACGUCGAAUAGAUUGAAGCCUUGGGCUUCCCUGCGGGAUUGGUUUUAGUGGAAGGAAGGAAACAAAGUAGCAGGCUAAGUUUUAAUUUCUUGUGUUUAAUUAGGAUAGUGGCAGUGGGAAUUCAAAGAAGGGGUAACUUUAAGACAUUUCAGACGUAGAUUGGGUAAGAUAAGCAUGGGUGGAAAGAGAGGCAAAAAAGGAAAGAAAAAAAUGGUUUGAAGAUAGGAGAUAAAAACUUAAUUUUAGAUGUGUUGGGUUUUAUUAGCUGGUAGCAUAUUUUGUUAGAAGGGUCCAGCAAGAAAUUUAAAUUCUGGCACAAAUGCUUGAAAAUGAACUCGAGAUGCAGAUUUUGAUUCUUCCACUCAGAAGAUGUAGUUGAAACUAAGAGUUAGGAGUUAAAGUGUGUGUGUGAAGAGAAAAGGAGAGGGAGAUGGGAGGAGAAAGAAAGAACGGGAGAGAACUCACAUCCUGAGUUUUCACUGAGGAGAGAGUUUGAACAAAAAAGCGUUGGUCAGCAGUGCCAUGAUCCCGAGAUGUUAGGGAGACCUGUGUAGGUUGUUAAAAGCAAGUGGAGUGGGACCCAAAAUGAAGAAAUGGAUCAAGUGCAAGAAGUCUGAGAAAAUGGUAACAAAAACACAGGCAGAGAGAGAAAACUUGAGACUCAUCUGAAAGAAGGAGGAAAGAAUGGGUAAAAAUACAAAGAACACAGAUUUCUGGAGGUGGAUGACAUUUAGCUUCAAUAAGCAAAGGGAAGAAAAGUCAGAUUUGACCAUUUGGCCUUUUGGGGGAGUGGACACUUUGUGAAUAAAGCUGACUUUGUCUUUGAUAGUUUAUACCUGAUUGGCCUGGCACGUACCAUGCACUGAGAGAACCUUUCUUUUCUAAAGAAUAUUGAUGUUCAUUGUAUUGAUGCUCUAGGAAAAUUGUGUAACUCGCACUGACACUGAGAUUGUUCUGGAUUUUUCAGGGCGGAGUGGGUGUUAUUCUCCCCUCCUCUGUCACUCCAUCUCUCCCACCAUCUCUCUUCUAGAACCUAAGUGAAACAUCUGUCAGACAAAUGACGCUUAUAAGUUUCUGUUUAUUUAGUGUAUCAGUCACUUCAGUGUCAUUCAUAAACUCAGUUUUCUCACCAGUUCAUCCUUUCUAGCCAGUCAACCCAGUAUUCCUAGGUCCUCGUCUCUUCCCUCCUUCUUCCUCCCUGCAUUCCAAGUUUGGUCUUCACGCCUUCGUCAGGCAGAUCUAGGCUUUGUAUCUUUCUCUGCUUUUCUAGUCCCCACUCCUGUUUUCUUCACUCUCAGCAGGUGACCAUAUCUCAUACUUCCAAAUUACAGUUUAAAACGUUUUAAAAAUUUUUUUUUAAACAAAAACUUUCUUCAUAGGAAUCUUACUCCAGCAAAAGUUUUUGAGCAACCACUAGGCCUUGUGGCAAAAUGGGUCUUCGGGUAAUUAGCUUAAGGGCCAAGGUGAAGUGGUGAUGCUGUUCCCUCAGCUGUGUUUUCCACGCUGCCAUAUCCAGGGCAGACAGUCACCACCCUCAAGAGAAGAUGAUGUCUCUUUUGAGAGUGCGUAGUGUACCCCACAUGUGUGCAUAACCUUUGUUGUGAAAAGUAUGUCCUGUUUAUAAAGCAUUUGGUCUUUUUCUUUUUCAGGAUCAUCUACCCUUUGGUGCAGACAAAAAAAGGCAGUAGCAGUUGGAUAGUGUCUUAGUGUACCUUAUUAUGUGUUUGAAAGUUGAAUGAAAAAAUCUAAUAACUUGGUUUAAAAUGUUAUUUUUCACAUAGAAAAAUUUUAGUGAGAAAGGAGAAGAAUGGCGUUGAAACAGAUUUCCAGCAACAAGUGCUUUGGGGGAUUGCAGAAAGUUUUUGAACAUGACAGUGUUGAACUGAACUGCAAAAUGAAAUUUGCAGUCUAUUUACCACCAAAGGCAGAAACUGGAAAGUGCCCUGCCCUAUACUGGCUGUCUGGUUUAACUUGCACAGAGCAAAAUUUUAUUUCAAAAUCUGGUUAUCAUCAGGCUGCCUCAGAACAUGGCCUUGUUGUCAUCGCUCCAGAUACCAGCCCUCGUGGCUGCAAUAUUAAAGGAGAAGAUGAGAGCUGGGACUUUGGCACUGGUGCUGGGUUUUAUGUGGAUGCCACUGAAGAUCCUUGGAAAACUAACUAUAGGAUGUACUCUUAUGUAACAGAGGAGCUUCCCCAGCUCAUAAAUGCCAAUUUUCCAGUGGACCCCCAAAGGAUGUCUAUUUUUGGCCACUCCAUGGGAGGCCAUGGAGCUCUGAUUUGUGCUUUGAAGAAUCCUGGAAAAUACAAAUCUGUGUCAGCAUUUGCUCCAAUUUGCAACCCAGUGCUAUGUCCUUGGGGCAAAAAAGCCUUUAGUGGAUAUUUGGGAACAGAUCAAAAUAAAUGGAAGGCUUAUGAUGCAACCCAUCUUGUGAAGUCCUAUCCAGGUUCUCAGCUGGACAUACUAAUUGAUCAAGGAAAAGAGGACCAGUUUCUUUCAGAUGGACAGUUACUACCUGAUAACUUCAUAACUGCCUGUACAGAAAAGAAAAUCCCUGUUGUUUUUAGAUUACAAGAGGGUUAUGAUCACAGCUACUACUUCAUUGCAACCUUUAUUGCUGACCACAUCAGACAUCAUGCAAAGUACCUGAACGCAUGAAAAACUUCAGAUAACAGAGUCUUUUCAAGAUGAUAAAAUUGUAGUAAACAUAAUUGCAGGGGGAAAAGAUUUCAAAACAUUGGAUUUCAUACUGCUGAAAACGCUUCACUCAGUAGUUGAAUCACCUUCUGAUAUAGGAAACCUGAUUCUGAUUUAAAAAGUUAUUUUAUCAGUGUUCAUAAAAUACUUAAUACUUUACAGCUUUUUUGAGUUCAUUUGGAAAUCAUUGUUAUAUUGACCUCAGGUCACAGAAUAUGAAUGUAAUCCCAUUCAAAUCAUAGAAUACAAACUCUGGAGCAGAGGGUUUAAAAGUAAUUUAGCCUAAACUGCUCACCUUGCCAGACUUUAACCUAUGAAGGCAUAGACUGUUCUUCGUCAUGUUCAUUGUUAUGUAUAAUCUCUAGUGUCUAGCAACUGCUUGGCUUCUAGUAGGCAUUUAAUUAAAUAUUUGUUAGUUGUUGAAUAAGGAGGUAGGUUCAGGAAGGUUAAGUGAAUUCCCCAUCAUUAUACAGGAAAUGGAGUUAUUUGUGGGAUGGCUAAGAUUAGAAGCCAGAUUUCUUAAACCCAAUCCAGUGAUAUUUCUCUUCUUAUCUACUUCGGUCUUAUAUAUUGAGCCAAAUAAAUUUGUGGACAUUGUUUUUGAGCAUCUCUCAAGAGACAAAAAUUAAAUAAUAAGAUUCAAUCUGAUCAUAGCUGGAUGAGAAAAUGUUUCAUAUGUUACUGUAAACACAGAUUUUUUUCCUUUAGUUACACACAGAAAUUUAGCUCGAUGAACACGCCAAGAGUAAUCAUUACAAAAGUAAUCAUUACAGAAGAGAUUUGUAAAUAUCAAACUGUGUUCCUUUAAGAACAUAAUUGGCAAACUUUUGAAACACAAAUAAAAUCUGAUUGUUUUAAA